UCCGGAUGAGUUCCAUUCCCACUCUAUAAAAGCUCUGGUUUUUGUCAUCUCUCAUCCUCCUCUUUUCACGGCGUCGGCGGGCGACAGAAAGUAAGCGAGUUCAGAGAUGGAGCUGACCUUCAUCAUGAUCAAGCCCGACGGCGUCCAACGCGGCUUGAUUGGAGAAAUCAUUAGCAGGUUUGAGAAAAAGGGAUUCUACUUGAAAGGGUUGAAGCAGGUGAGCGUGGAACGCUCCUUUGCGGAGAUGCACUACGCUGACCUCUCUGCUAAGCCCUUCUUUGGUUCCCUGGUGGAGUACAUCAUCUCUGGUCCAGUGGUAGCCAUGGUGUGGGAGGGAAAGAAUGUUGUGGUUACUGGACGCAAGAUCAUUGGGGCAACCAACCCAGCUGAAUCUGCCCCCGGAACCAUCCGUGGGGACUAUGCAAUUGACAUCGGCAGGAAUGUGAUUCAUGGAAGUGACUCUGUCGAGAGUGCGAGGAAAGAGAUUGCUCUGUGGUUCCCCGAAGGCAUCGCUGGGUGGCAGAGCAACCUCCACCCCUGGAUUUACGAGUAGAGAAUAGAGAUGGAAGGACUUCCUACCUUGUAAGAUUCAAGGGCAUGACCUGUUUCAGCUUUUCCUAAGAACCCUAGUGUCUUGGUCAUUUGAGAUUUCAUGUUGUGCUUUAUGACUGUAGUUGUGGAUCCCCACGAACUGCAUUAUCAUCUUCAGUGCUAUUUAAUGUUUGGUGAAUCUAUGAUACAUGGUUAGUUACUGGUUUGGUUAAA